CAAGGCAACAUCGAUUGCCGUUUGUAUCUCUUUGGAAGUAGCUUUGUUCAUCCUUUUUAUUAUCUGUUAUGAACAGAAGCAAUGUCGAAAUCUCGGGCGCGUUUUUUCAAAAAACCAAAUAUUCAAAGACCCUUUUUGCUAUCUCAUUCUUCCUUCCCUUUUCUUCGACAAAUGUUAAAAGAUUCUCGCAAUCUUUCACUACAAUUUCUAGUAACCCAAAAUCACGCACCCCCAGUUAUAAGUUUUUACUCUCCAAUCACCUGAAGAGCCAAAGAUUAGAGGAAGCUCGGGAGGUUUUAAACAAAAUCCCAUUCCCUGGGGUGCAUUUAUACACCGUGAUGGUUGAUGGGUAUGCGCAAAAUUAUCGGCUUGAUGAUGCUAUGGAACUGUUCGAGAAAAUGCCGGUUAGAGAUACCGUUUCUUGGAAUUCAAUGAUUAAAGGGUGUUUGCAUUGUGGGGAUUUAGUUAUGGCUAAGAAGCUUUUCGAUGAGAUGCCAGGGCGGAAUGUUGUUUCUUGGACGACAAUGGUAAAUGGGUACUUGCAGUUUGGGAAAGUCGAGGUGGCUGAAAGGUUGUUUUUUGAGAUGCCUGUGAGGGAUGUCGCAGCUUGGAAUUCGAUGAUUUAUGGGUAUUUGAAGUUAGGGAGGGUUGAGGAGGCGGCGAGUUUGUUUAGGAAGAUGCCUUCUAGGAAUGUGAUUUCAUGGACUUCAAUGAUUGGUGGGCUGGAUUAUAAUGGAAGGAGUGAUGAAGCUUUGGUUUUAUUCAAGAAGAUGAUAGGUUCUGGUGUUGAGCUGAGUUCAAACACGUUUUCUUGUGUGUUGAUGGCUUGUGCAAAUGUGAUGGCUUUGCAUUUGGGUGUUCAAACUCAUGGUCAAAUUGUUAAGUUGGGUUUCCGUUUUGAUGACUUUAUAUGCGCUUCGCUUUUAACAUUUUACGCAAACUGCAAGGAAAUGGAAAAUGCUUGCAAGGUUUUCAAUGAGAAAUUGCAUGGAAAUGUGGUAAUAUGGACAGCUCUUUUAACUGGGUAUGGCCUGAAUCAUAGGCAUGAAUCUGCAUUGAUGGUUUUUGAAGACAUGAUAAGAAUGGGUGUCCUCCCAAAUCAAUCUUCUUUCACAAGUGCUUUGAAUUCAUGCAGUGGAUUAGAGGCUCUAGACAGGGGUAAAGAGAUCCAUGCUGUAGCUGUCAAGCUAGGUCUGGAAGCUGAUGUAUUUGUUGGUAAUUCCCUAAUUGUUAUGUAUACUGUAUGUGGGAAUAUUAAUGAUGCUAUAGCUGCAUUUAAUAAUAUUGGUGAAAAGAAUGUUGUAUCGUGGAACUCAAUAAUUGUUGGAUGUGCGCAGCAUGGUAAUGGCAUGUGGACUCUGACACUCUUUAGCCGAAUGAUACGUGCUGAAGUAGAUCCAGAUGAGAUAACAUUCACUGGGUUGCUCUCUGCUUUCAGCCAUUCUGGAAUGUUGCAAAAGGGAAGAUGCUUUUUUGAGUAUAUUAGUCGAUAUAAAUCCUCUUCAAUGAAGCUUCAGCACUAUGUUUGCAUGGUUGAUAUCUUAGGUAGAUCUGGGAAAUUGGAAGAAGCAGAGGAGCUAAUUAAAAAUAUGCAGGUGAAAGCAAAUUCGACAGUAUGGCUAGCUUUGCUUAGUGCUUGUAGGAUGCAUUCUAAUUUAGAGGUAGCUGAAAGAGCUGCAAAAUUCAUUCUUGAUCUAGAAUCACAUUGCAGUGCUCCUUAUGUUUUAUUGUCUAAUUUAUAUGCUUCUGCCGGUAAAUGGGGUGAUGUCUCGAGAAUGAGAGUACAGAUGAAACAGAGAGGAAUUGUGAAAAAACCAGGUUGCAGUUGGGUUACUUUGAGGGGAUUGCGACAUGAGUUUGUUUCUGGAGAUAGGUCUCACCCUCUCAGUGAAAAAAUAUAUCAAAAGCUGAAUUGGUUGGGAGGAAAACUGAAGGAGUUUGGCUAUGUUCCGGAUGAGAGGUUUGCCCUACAUGAUGUCGAGAAUGAGCAGAAGCAAGAGAUGUUGUCUUAUCAUAGCGAGAGGCUUGCCAUUGCUUUUGGGUUGGUGACCACUGCAGAGGGCAGAGCAAUAACAGUGAUGAAAAAUCUUCGUGUAUGUGGCGAUUGCCAUAGUGCCAUUAAGCUCAUAGCAAAGAUUGUAGGGCGUGAGAUCAUUGUAAGAGAUUCUACACGCUUUCAUCACUUCCGAAAUGGCAUGUGCUCUUGUGGGGAUUAUUGGUAGCAAAGAUUCAGGGUUUUCUUGAGA